GGCUGAGCAUCUAGGUUACUGCGGGUUCAACCAGCCGGCUCAUCCAGUGUAGACACAGGCUGGCUGGCUCCUGGCCAGCUCAAGGUGUUUUCCUUUGCCUGGAAACGGGGAGGUGUGUCUGACGCAGGGCAUGGAGGUGAGCAGCUCAACUAAAAAGUGGUGGAGAGGAGCCCCACUCUGGACCUCUUUGGUCCCCCCAAAUGCCAAGGACCAACUACCCACGACUUAAGGAGAUGAGUCAGGACCAGGACCCAGUAAAAACGUCUGUCGCCUGAGCUUCUGGCCAUGUACUCGUACAGCUGCGUGGCACCCGGGGAAGGCGUCUGGCCUCCACUGCACCCCCUCACCUACACUUACCUGCCCGGCCCCCUGCUGCUGCCCCCCGUGCAGGCCCACAACUUCUGCAGCUGGCCCCCAGCCCUGAGCGCCGGCGACUGGACGGCCCCGCGGGAAUACCACUGUUUCCACGGCCCUGGCGCCACCCUGGGGGCCGCGCCACCCUGGUGGGCCUUCCCGCAGGCCUACGCCGCGACUCUGCGCCCGCCCUUCCCAGCUCUCCGCUACUCCGGGCCGCCGCUUCAGGCGCCCGCGGCGGCAGGGACUGCGGCGGCCGAGAGCUGGGCGCAGUGGCCGGAGGGCGGUAGCCUGCAGGCAGAGCUGCGCUGGGGACGCGUGGAGCGCGCGCUGGGCCCGCGCCUGGAGCUGCCGGACUUCGUGCGCCGGGAGCUGCGGCGCGUGUACGGCACGUACCCGCGCACCGACGUGCGCGUCAUGUUCCGCGGCGGCGAGUUCCUGCUGCAGGCGGCGGCGCCGCGAGUUGGCGAGCCCCAGCGCCGCUUGCAGAGGCGUCUGCAGCGCCCGCCCGCCAGCAGCAGCAGCGGCGGCGGCGGCGGCGGCGGCGGCGGCGGCGGCGGCGACCGCAGCCCCGCGAGAGAGGCGGCGGAGCGCGGCGGCCGGAAGAAGAGGAAGGGCCUGGGCUGAGCGCGCCCUCCGGGGCCUGCGGCCGGCGGGGAGGAGC